CCUGCAGCAAAACCACAGCACCGCACUCACGUUUCACGUGGAGAAAAUAAAAUAAGGGAGUCGAGCAGCAGGGAUUUGUCGUGGACCAUCCCCCAUUGGGGCUGGGAUGGCCUUGCCUCCCUGAUGCCCGUUUGCUGUCCCGAUGCUACACGGCAUCUGUCAGAUGCGGGCUCUCCGGCAGGGCAGGCAGCCAGCGGUCUAUAUUUAGCAACAGCAACAAAACAGGCAGCCGAAUCAGCUGACUGGAGGCAGGGAAGCCUGAUGCACGGUUUAGUUUUAGACAGCACAUAUUCCGUGCCGAAAACAGGGAGGGAGAGAGACGUGGCAGCCAGGGGAGCUGAAAGCCGCCCGUCCCUCCGCACCAGGCAGCAGCGCAGCCAUGGCACCCCGGAUAAGAUUGAGUCUUUCAAAGCCUCUCCCAACCAUAUGCGAAACCCACGAGGAAGUGAUGGAAGAUUCAACCAGCAACCUGAAGUGCACUGGAAGCACUGCAGCCAGCCCAGACUCAUACUCCAGCGACGAUUACAUUCAAUCCAUCUGCCACCUCGCCAGACCCACCUUCCCGGGCCUUCCUGAAAGCAGCUGUAAGGUUCAGGACAGAAAGACCCUGAAGACCCUUGAAGAUGUGUCAUGGUCUCCAUCCCUUGGAGGGACACAGCAGGAAACAUCAAAAUAUAAAUUGACCAAUCUCAUCUCAAACGUGGUGCCGCUGGGAAAAGUCAUGCCUGCAGAAACCGACUUCUGGUCCAGAGAGGACCCCCUGGCACAGAUUUACACGCGUGCAGGAAAGCUCUGCUCCUCCAAGGCUUCUUCAUAUGGUAAAAGCUCCAGCACUGGUUACUCAUGGUACAACUCUUCCGCCCUAAACGGUGAAUUUCAUCCCCCAACCGUGAAAGAAAAAGCCAGCGGGAAACCCAAUUUUCCACGAGUAUUCAGUUUUCCAAGGCUUCCCUCCCCAAGACCAGUGCAGAAAGAAGCGGUCUGCUCAGAGCUGAAGUAUCUCAGAAGAGAUGAGGGAACAGUUUUAGGGAGUAACCACAGUCAGAAAGAAAAUGGCCCCGUGUUCAUUAAUGGGGAAGAGCUAUUGCCAUCCUCAGCCAGAGGGAAGCUGGUAGGAAACCCAGCCUUGCGCUGCUCUGAAAGAAGGCAGAGUUGUUUGUUCAAUAGAGCGGGCACCGAAGAAAAAGAAGGGAGAGAAACUUCUCACUGUGACAAAAAUGUAACGGGUGAUGUCCCCGCCAAGCAGAGAUACUCCGAGUGUUUCCAGGUACCUAAAAAAGCCAUGAUCCAUAACUGGAUUUCAGAGCACAGAUGCAUCUGGAAAGAAGCAAAGGUAAAAGCUUGCUUGCUCCCAGCUAUUUCUGAAGUGUGAAGAAGUAGCUGCUCAGAAUAAUUUUAUUCACAAGAUACAACCACCCUGUGCUCUAGAUGCUCUCCCUGGAGUCCUUACACAGAAAACAUGGCUUGAAUGUGCAUGCAAGUCAGGCAGAUUUUUGUGACCCAUCAUAUCCCUCAUCAGUGGGCAAAGGGACAAUUCAGAGUCUCAUCCACUAAGAAAACAGCAAUUAGUUCUCAUUUCAGAAAGGCAACAGUUCAUAAAGCAUCUCCCCUCGCCUACUGCCUAGAACUGCCCUGAGCAUGAAGAAAAGCUGGAGAGAGUACAAACCCUGCCUGUUCUGCGGGAACAUCAAACUACUGGUGUUUUCCAGCAAAUGCCAAAGAGCCAGAUGUUGCUCACACUUAGGUAUGGUUCUUCUGCAAGGAACAUUUUGACCGAUGCUUGGACAGUACUAAACGUGCUCUCUCUGACAUAUACAUUUACUAGGAGACCCGUUAUAGAUCCCUGCGCCAACACCAGAAUACCACUGGAUAGGUCAUCUGUUAGUGCAGUACCAUAAAGAAAUAUUUUUUAAAAAUCGCAAGAAGUCUUUUAUGAGGAUUUGCUAGAGGGCAAUAUGGAGAAUAUUACAACUCCUCUGGGUGGGGAUUUUCCUGUUUCUUUCCCCGGCACAACUCUGUUACCUUUACUCCUUGAUUUACUCUUGGCAGGAGGAGAGCUAGGAGCCCGGGUGGGCAUUGCCGUGCCAGUGCUGCAGCUGUCCUGGAGCUGUAACAACCUGUGAUGCCAGCUGUAAAAAAAACAGAUGUUGUACUGGUCUCUGCACUGUCACAGGACCUGAACGUAAAAUAAUAAUUUCUGGGUUUCCCUUCACAUCUGUGCUUCUGUAUUCUCACCUACCUGACCAUGCUAACGAUGCUGACUGUGCUUCGCCUGGUGCUGUGAGACUGAGACAUGAAAAAACCACCGCGUAAGUGCGUGGUACGACCAUCUAGCACAUAACGUAUGUAAAACAAUCCAGCAGAUGUUAGUGCUACAUGGGAUGUCUGUCAGAAGAGGAGGAUUCCCGCACUGCUGUGAGAUCCCGGCGUGGUGUGGUAAGUGCAUGGCCAGCUCAUCCCUCGUGGCUGUGCAGAGACUUCUCCGUCCAGAGAAACCAUCUCUCGUCGGCGCUUUCUCCUGCAGUCAGAGCAACCUCACGUACCUGCAUUUGGUACCACACUUUCCAAAGCCAGCCAAGAGAAGUAGGUGAGAAAACUGCAAAGCAAUACUAGCCUAAUUAUUAUUACUACUACCAGGAAUAAAUCUUUUGACACAGAGGAGAGCGCAGGGACCAGGCUGUUUGUUCAACAGCAGCUAAGAUGGGAAAUACCAUUGGAAAGUUGCAAUUAUAAAAAUGCUCAAACGAUUUCUAAACCACCCUUGAGCAGAUUAAAUCAGAAGGCAACUUCUGCUCAGUACCAACAUGAGUGUAAAUACGUUCGAGGAUCAAAAGGUGAGCAUAUUUGAGCUUCUCAUUCUCACAUCUCUUACCUCAAAUAUUUUUUUCUCCAGUUGAAACUCAUUAGCACUAUGGAGCUGAUGCUUUUCAUCUUUGUUUUUGAACUAACCACACAGCAAGAACAAAAGUGAAGGUGGCUCCAGCAUUUAUUAGAGCUGAUGGAGAGAGUUGAAUCAGGGAGGUGCCGGCCCACUCUGCCUCCUCUACAUCUUUCCCUUCCUUCUCAGGUUAAUGCUGGGAUUUAAUGAUGCUUGUCCUUAUUGCCCUGCUGACAUUUUAAUUUCUCUCCAUGCGAAUACUUAUGACACUAAUGCCUAGCAAGUCUCGUGCCAACUGCAUGUAUCACUGCUUUUGACAGAGGAAACAAAUAAAAUCGUUACAUCAA